AUGUCAUAUGAAGAUCCAUUUUUUGUUGUUAAAGAAGAAAUAGAACAGAAUGUAUCUGCAGCGACAACCCUCUUCGAAAGUUGGAAUAGGAUUUAUAACACCGUUGCUUCUAUAAACAAUGAAGAAUUACAAAGAACCGAAGAAGAAUUGAGGUCAACUUUAAACGACGUUUCCGCGGAUUUGGAUGACACAAGACAACAAUUGCAGGAUAUUCGACUGACAUUAGCAGAUCCACCUAAAAAAUUGAAGGGUUCUGAAAUCAAGAACCUUCAGGAGCUAAUGGACGGUCAUCAAUCAUUUAAUACUUUCGAUCAAAUUCGAUCAAAAUCAAGGUAUGAAGAAGUGAUAGAAAUGGAUAAUACAAAAUUCAUAAAUAACGAAACACUUCAGCAAACGGUUCUAAUUCGUGAACAAGAUGAGCAGUUAGAAUCGUUAUAUGGAACCGCGCGUAACAUCCAUGAUAUUGUCACCACAAUGGGAACGGAAAUCGAAAGUCAAAAUAUAUUAUUGGAUGAAUUUGGCGAGCGUGUAGACCGUACUUCUGGUAGAUUAGAAAAUGCGAUGAAAAAGACUAACGAUGAAAACCUUAUGUAG